UCCUGUUCUGUCCUCAGAGAAAUUAUCUGAACAUCCAUGUCUCCAACCACAAUGAAAUUUCUUGAGGGUGUUUUAAUUUGUUACUCUGGUGUUGGAGUUGUUUGCACCAGACUUGCAUUCCCUGGCCCUGGCCAAGGGAUAAAACAGGACACGUCAACAAUGGAGAGGAAAGUCCUAUAAAAUCUGACUAGCAUGCUGAGGAGCUCGUUCUCCAUUGAACACUGAGCGACUCCAAUGACUCAGCACAGGAAAGGGUCACCGCGCUUGGCUUUACAAGUAAAGAGAAAAAAAAACCAAACCAACAAAACCGAACAAUCUACAACCCAAAGCAGUGAAUCAUUAACUAAAAGGUUAUGACAAAGCAGCACAGCUCAACAGAUAAACCCACUGGGUUCCUUCAAAAGCAUCUUCAGGCUACCGAAGGGGAAAAUCUCUUUUAACAACCCGUACUCUGACCACAGAAACAUGGCUUUGCGGCUUUGCUGUGCUUGGAUUUUCCUCCUCCUCCUUCCUGGCCCCUCGGAUGGAGGGAAGCUCCUGGUGGUGCCCAUGGUUGGAAGCCACUGGCUCAGCAUGCAGCCGGUGGUUGAAAAGCUGAGCGAGAAGGGACACGAAGUGGUGGUGCUCAUGCCAGAAGUGAGCUGGCAGAUGAAGGCGGCACAGGGGUACACGGUGAAAACGUACCCCGUGACCCAAACGUUAGAAGAGCUGGAUGCUGCCUUCCUCGAGUACGUCGCCACUCACCUGCAGGCCCGGCCUUUCCCGCUGAACGUUCUGGCCCAGUACAACAUUUCCGUGCACGUUUUCAGUACGUUCUUCGUCCAGUGCAAGGACCUCUUCAGCAGCAAGGAGACCCUGCAGUACGUCAGUCAAAGCGGCUUCGACGCCAUCCUAACAGACCCCGUUUUUCUGUGUGGAGCAAUACUUGCUAAUCAUUUUUCUCUUCCGUAUCUGUUCUUCAUGAGAGGAUUUCCUUGCAACUUACACUACGAAGCACCGCAGAGCCCAAGCCCUCUGUCCUACAUCCCAAGGCUGUUUACCUUCAACACGGACCACAUGACUUUUUUCCAGAGAGUGGAAAAUGCACUGGUUUCACUCCUGGAGCUUGAGUACUGUAAUGGUUUCUAUGCAGAUGCUAUAAAAUUGUCCUCCGAAGUUCUUCAGCGAGAUGUAUCCCUGCUAGACCUCCUGAACUCUGCUGCUGUUUGGCUCCUGAGAUACGACUUCGUGUUUGAGUACGUGAGACCAGUGAUGCCCAAUAUGGUCUUUAUUGGAGGUAUAAACUGUGCUCAGAAGAAAACGUUGCCUAAGGAAUUUGAAGCUAUUGUGAAUGCCUCUGGAGAACACGGCAUCGUUGUCUUCUCGCUGGGCUCCAUGGUCUCUGAGAUUCCGAUGAAGAAAGCCACAGAAAUUGCAGAUGCCUUGGGAUCGGUUCCUCAAACGGUUUUAUGGCGCUACACGGGAGAGGCGCCCCCCAACCUGCCCAAGAACGUAAAGCUCGUCAAAUGGCUGCCACAGAAUGAUCUUCUAGCUCACCCUAAGGCUCGUGCCUUUAUUACCCACGGAGGCUCCCAUGGUGUCUACGAGGGCAUAUGCAACGCGGUGCCAAUGGUGCUAAUGCCAUUAUUUGGAGACCAGAUGGACAAUGCCAAGAGAAUAGAGUCACGGGGAGCUGGACUGGUGCUGAACAUACUGGAAAUGACUUCGAAGGACAUCUCCACUGCCCUGAAGGCAGUUAUUAACGAUAAAAGGUACAAAGAGAACGUCCAGCGCCUCUCGGACCUUCACCUCGACAGACCCAUCCACCCCCUGGACCUGGCCGUGCACUGGGUGGAGUUUGUCAUGAGACACAAAGGGGCCCCCCACCUCCGACCUGCUGCUCACGACCUCAACUGGAUCCAGUACCACUCCCUGGAUGUCAUCGCCUUCCUCCUUGCCGUGGUGCUCCUCUCCCUCUUCAUCUCCCUGAAGUGCUGCCUCUUCUGCUGCCGCAGGUGCUGCUGUAAGAAGGGAAGGACAAGGAAGUCAACCAAAGCAAAGUCCCACUAAGCAGAUGAAACCAGUGGUGGGAGCUGUGGCCUCUGGGCUGGACUGGAAGGGUCAGAGAACAUCCCAGAUUUCACUAAAAUAAUUGCUGAGUUUUAGUCAAGAAAUAAUAGCAUUCCUUUAAACUGGAGCCACGGGAGGGGUUGUUUCACCGAUACCAUUUUUGCCUUUUAAUUAAGAAUCAGUUGUUAAAAAUAA